AUGAGCAUGUUCUGGAUGGGAAUCACUGAAUAUCUCCAAGACCGAGGCUUUGGCUAUGUGAAUGAGAAUAAAGUGGUCUUUGCUCGAGCACUGCAAAAGCCCUAUAAAAGAUCGUAA